GUGGAACGCAUGUUUGUGAGCAAGCGAACAGCCGGAGCGAUAUUUAACAAACACAGGAAGUUUAGCAGAGGUCGAUGCCACAAAUGCUACCGCUAUUGAAUUACACCCCGCAUUCAUACCGUGCACACAUGGGCAUCUUAGCUGGCUAAACUGCUACACACAGAAAGGCUAUGGACAAGCCUUUGGAGUAUUGAUUAACGUUACUGAACACGAACGGGCGUCUCAUUAAUAGCCGGCACUCACUGUCAUUAGAUUGUAAGAUUACCCGCUGGGCUGCAGGUCUUCAGCUAAGAAGAGUUACAUAUGUCCUUUACUCAUAAACUGGAUUUAGAACUGUGUGUUUUGGUAUGUGAUGUUAUAACAUCUAUAUAGAGUCUAAAUCCACUGGAGGAGUGCAGAAGUCAUCACCAUGCCCCUGUCAGACUUCCUGGACAGCCUGAAAGACAACCCAUACUUUGGGGCUGGCUUCGGACUGGUUGGGGUUGGGACAGCCUUGGCGUUGGCCAGGAAAAGCGCUCAGGUGGGGAUGAUCUUAUUCCGCAGGAACUACAUGAUCACGCUGGAGGUCCCCAGCAGGGACAAGAGCUAUCACUGGCUGCUGAGCUGGAUCACCAAGCACUCCACACACACUCAGCACCUAAGCGUGGAGACUUCCUACAUGGCACAUGAGAGUGGACGGGUUCACACGCAGUUUGACUUCCACCCAAGCCCUGGGAACCACAUCAUCUGGUAUAGGAGAAAGUGGAUCCGCGUGGAGCGGACCAGAGAGAAGCAGAUGGUGGAUCUACACACUGGAACUCCAUGGGAGUCUAUCACUUUCACUGCUUUAGGCAGAGACAGACAGGUCUUCUUCAGUAUCUUACAAGAAGCAAGAGAACUGGCACUGAAGCAGGAGGAGGGACGGACAGUAAUGCACACAGCCAUGGGCGCUGAGUGGAGGCCCUUUGGGUUUCCACGGCGACGCAGACCCCUCAGCUCUGUGGUCCUGGAAGCUGGUGUGGCUGAAAAGAUUGUAGAUGAUGUGAAGGACUUCAUUGGAAACCCCAAGUGGUACACAGACAGAGGUAUCCCUUACAGGAGAGGAUAUCUGCUGUAUGGACCCCCAGGAUGUGGAAAAAGCAGCUUCAUCACAGCACUGGCAGGCGAGCUGGGCUACAGCAUCUGUCUGAUGAGUCUGAGUGACCGAACCCUUUCAGAUGACCGUCUGAACCACCUCCUGACCGUGGCGCCGCAGCAAAGUAUCAUAUUGCUGGAGGAUAUAGAUGCAGCGUUUGUCAGCCGAGAGCUGCUUCCCACAGAGAAUCCCCUGGCCUACCAGGGAAUGGGAAGACUGACCUUCAGUGGCCUGCUUAACUCUCUGGAUGGAGUGGCUUCAUCUGAGGCCAGGAUAGUUUUUAUGACCACCAACUUCAUUGACAGGUUAGAUGCAGCGCUGAUCCGACCCGGCCGUGUGGAUCUGAAGCAGUACAUUGGCCACUGCACACAUUGGCAGCUCACCCAGAUGUUCCAGCGGUUCUACCCAAAGGAGCCUGCCUCUGAAGGGGAGCGGUUUGCGGAGUGUGCGUUAGCCGCCCACUCUGAAAUCAGUGCUGCUCAAGUGCAAGGACACUUUCUGUUGCACAAAAUGGACCCUGCAGGGGCUAUAGACAACGUUGCCCAAAUAAAAGGAUGACAGGAUCUGAAUGUGUUUGGACACUGAUUACUGAAUAAAGAAACAUGAGAAAAAUUUGAAAA